AUGGAUCAGGAAAAACUCUGCUGUUCAGUGUGUCUGGAUCUACUGAAGAAGCCGGUGACUAUUCCCUGUGGACACAACUACUGUAUGAGCUGCAUUAAAAGACACUGGGAUAAAGAGGAACCAAAAGGAGCCUACAGCUGUCCUCAGUGCAGAAAAGUCUUUGCACCGAGGCCUGAGCUGGUGAAAAACACUAUGUUAGCAGAGUUAGUAGAGGACUUGAAGACACCUGCAAUCCGACCUGCUUCAGCUGAUCUCUGCUAUGCUGGACCUGAAGAUGUUUCCUGUGAUGUCUGCACUGAAAAGAAGCUGAAAGCAGUGAAGUCCUGUCUGGUAUGUUUGGUUUCUUACUGUGAGCAACACCUCCAGCCUCACUAUGACUCCUCUGCCUUUGACAAACACAAGCUGGUCAAACCAUCCAACUGGCUGAAAGGGAACAUCUGUUCAACUCAUAAUGAGGUGAUGAAGAUUUUCUGCCGUACUGAUCAGCAGUGUAUCUGUUAUGUCUGCUGUGUGAAUGAACAUAAUCACCAUAACACGGUUCAAGUUGAAGAAGAAAGGAAACACAGGCAGAAAGAUCUCAAGCUGAUUCUGCAAAAAAUCCAGCAGAGGAUUCAGAGAAGACAGGAGGAAGUGAAAGUGCUUGAUAAAGAGGUAGAGGGGAUUAAAGUGUCGUCUGAUGAAGCAAUGAAGGACAGUGAGACCAUCAUCAAUGAGCUGGUGAGUUACAUUAAAGAAAAGGGAAAAAGUCUAAAGCAGCAGAUACAACUCCAGCAGAAAGAGGAAGAGAGUCGAGUUGUAAUGCUUCAGAAGAAGCUGGAGCAGGAGAUCACUGAGCUGAAGAAGAUGGACGAGGAGCUGAAGCAGCUUUUACACACAGAGGACAACACAGAGUUUCUACUCAGCUACUCCCUGCCUUUCAAACUCAACGAUUAUACAGACUCACCAAGCUUCAAAAUGUGUCCAGUUAAGUACUUUGAGGAUCUGCAAACAGCAGUGUUAGAAGUCAGAGAUAAAAUCAAAGCUUUUCUCGCUGAAGAAUGGAGGAAGAUCACUCUGACAGUGAGAUCAGUGGAUGUUUUAUUGCCACAAAGCAAGCCUAAGACCAGAGAUGAGUUUUUAAAAUAUUCGUACCAACUGACAAUGGAUUCAGAUACAGUGCACCCUAAAAUAUUUCUGUCUAAUCAGAAUAGAUCUGUGUCAAACACUGUUCAACAUCCAACUAAUGACUUUUCUUUUCAAAGAAAGGACAGGUUUUCCAACCACCAGCAGGUCCUGAGUAAGGAGAGUCUGAUUGGACCUUGUUACUGGGAGGUGGAGAUGAAAGGGAAAGGCCUUUCAGUUGCUGUGACAUACACGAAUAAAAAUAACCUGGAUCAAAGUGAUUUUGGAAGUAACAAUAAAUCCUGGGCAUUAGAGUGUUACGGUGACUGCUACAAAUUCAGACACAAUAAAAUCACAACUUCCAUCUCAGGCCCUCUGUCCUCCAAAGUAGGAGUGUACGUGGAUCCCAGAGCAGGUGUUCUUUCUUUCUACAGCGUCUCUGACACCAUGGCCCUCCUCCACAGAGUCCAGACCACAUUCACUAAGCCGCUCUAUGCUGGACUGUGGAUUUGGAAGAGUUCUUGGGCUGACAACACUGCUACAUUUAAUGAGAUAAAAUAGACCGUCUUCAUUGGUUUGUGAACCCAUCUUGUUCUUUCCUUUACUCACUGAUCAAAUGCCAUCAUCUUAA